CCGGUGCCAUGGUUGAUUUCUUGCAACACAGCAUUGAUAAAAUUUGUUUUUAUGGGUCGAAUUUGCCGACGAUACAGGAUUCUAAAGAUAAAAUUUGACUAAACCGUUAAUAUUAUAUCAUAAACCAGUUAUUCUAACAUCCAUCAUAUCUUCCAACGAAAUGACUAUUGGAAAAGAAGUGAAGCCAUCCAAUGCGAAAAAUAAAAAUGGAUAUCCUCCUCAAGGAGUUCGUUGCCAGAAAUGUUUGGAGUAUGGACAUUGGACAUAUGAAUGUAAGGGAAAGAGAAAGUAUUUACACAGAGAAUCUCGUUCACAACAACUAAAGAAAAAAAUGAAAGUGUUGGAGAACAGUGAAAACGCAGGAGUAAACCAAACUGAACAUAGUAAUGAUUCAGACAGUGAAUCAGACUCUAUUAGUAGUUCUAGUGAGGAUUCUGAAAGUAGUGACGAUUCUGAUAGUUCAAGUAGUUCUUCUUCUGAAGAUGAUGAGGAUAGCUCCAGCUCGAAAAGUGAAUAAAGAGCACCAGUUUACACGAUAUUCUUCGAGGAUGUCAACAAACAAAUGUAUAGUUAAUCAACGAUGCAAUCUAUCAGUUAUUCUGAGAAUAAUGGUAUUUUUAUUGGACUAUCUGAUUGGAAUAUUUUUAUUCCCCCAAAAUUAAAUAUAUAAAUAAUAUUUAAAAUAGUUAUCUAUACUUUAAAAUACUGGCUAAUGAACCUAGGUUUAUUAACCUUUGUAUUUUUAAUAUACAAUUAAUUAAAAACUGUUUAAAGA